CUGGGCUGUGGAGAAAAACACAUUACAAUUAGUUUUAUGUCAUAUGUCAGUGGGUGUAAAGAUUUCCAAGGUUUUUGGAAGUGGAUAAACAAUGUCAGCGCUGUUAGAAGCCUUUGUCGUUGAGAGAGGCGAUUCUGAAACAUCCAGCUGCUUCAUAUCACAUAAACCACUUAGCUGAAAUCUGUAAAUAUGGAACAUGAAUUGUUGCAUUUUAAGCUUUUGCAAGGUAAUCAUUUCCCUGCUUUCCUCAAAGUAAAAUACUGAAGUGCCACAAGCAUGGACACACCUAUGAAUUAGCCAUUAUUGGCUCUGCACGCAACACAAAGUUAUCAGUUGUGACAGGAAUAAAUCAAACUUAUUCACCAACUGACAUGUUGAAAUCAUGUGAUGGACUAGAAUAACCAGCUUUCUACCACCACACACUUCCUGAAAGACUUGACAUAGACAGAAGUGAAGCUGCGAUGCCUGGUCAUGUUGGAGGAGAGCGAGGAAUGUGAGGACAGGAGCAGUAACAUUGUCAAGUUUCCCGAUAAUGAAUUUUAUACUGCAAUUAUGAAUCAAGACUUGGGACGGAUAGAAGACAUGUCAAAAAAGCAUGGGAGCAACUUUCUUAUCGAGAUAGGCGGUGUACCCGGAAACGUUUUGUGGAAGUUCUCCAGUUUGUCUCAUCUUGCCUUGCCUCAGGGCCUUGCUAUACUUCCCCUUCAUCUGGCUGCCACUUACGGAAGAGUAAAAAGCAUGCAGAGCCUGCUGUCAACAGGAGAAGACCCAGAAAUGAGGGACCGGUUUGGUCAAACCCCUCUGCACUUGGUGAUAGCCGGUUGGCCGAGCAUCCUGCCGACUACAAAACCAAGCUCUAAGUUCCAGACUGCUGUGACUGGGAAGCGGAGGCAGGCAGAGGCCUGUCUGCGGCUCCUCUUUGAGCACGGCAUUAACGCCAAUGCAAAGGUUGAGGGGAGUCACCAGACAGCUCUCCACCUAUCAGUACGCUACAUGGCUCUGUCUGCAAUCCCAAUUCUGGCCAGCUUUGGUGCUGAUGUUAAUGCUGUGGACAGUAGUGGGAUGACCCCCCUGCAUAUGGCUGCCGGGAUCCUGCAUAAGGACAUCAUGGCCAGCUUGAUCGAGGAGGGAGCAGACAUGAACAUGGCGGUGAAGCCCUCUGGGAACACUCCUUUGCACCUAGCUGCUGUGGCAAUCUCCAUGAAGAACACUAAAACCUUGGAGGACGACAUGAGCUGCAUCUCUGAGCUCCUCGAGCAGGAGGCCGAGGCCAACGCGGUGAACAAGGCUGGAUUGACGCCUUUACAGGAGGCAUGCCGCAUGGGCAACAAGGAGCUGGUGGACGUGCUGCUCAGGUAUGGAGCCAACAUCAAAAGGCUGAGCAAAGCAGGGGAGAACUGUCUGUUCCUGUUCCUGAACCACAUAAGUAAUGUAAGGAACAACCUGCUGCUGGUUAAACUCCUCAGUCUGACCUCCCCGCUCAGUGUCUACAACCAGAGCGGCCACCUGCCCUCUACCUUGAUGCAACCAUGUUUCUUUAAACAGAGAGACCAGCUGCUGAAACUCACUGAGCAGCCGAGGAGGCUUCAGGAUAUCUGCAAGAGGGAUAUUUAUCUAAAAUAUGUCCAAGGCAAGAGCGAAGAGUUGAAAACACUUCUGCCUGAUAAGCUAUAUGACUUUGUGUUCAACUACUGGGAAAAAAAAACAUUUCCUUUGUGACAGAUGGUGACCAAGACCAUUUCAAACGACUUGUUUGACGUUAGUUGACGCCUGUGUGUCACUGCGAACUAUAAGAGACAACCUCAAACAUAUGCUGAUCAAAUAAUAUCUAUCAAAGCACCUUACCUUCAGG